AUGACCAUGACGCUGGACGCACCCCAACAGCAGCGAUUUGGGCCCGUUAUGAACUUUGACUACCCUCCUCACGGCCAGUCACCGGCCUUUUCAAAUCCGUGGUCCUCGUCACCUUCUGCCUCCCAGACCGCCGCAGUAGCAGGAAGCAGUCUCUACGUUGGCGGACCGGCGCCUCCUCCUCUCAGUCACAGUCUCGUGGCCAAACCUCACACCGCUCGCGCUCCCAUCCCCAGCGGACCUCCUUUACCAUCCUACGGCUCCUUGCCGGUCGCCUCAUCUGGAGCUGAUCUCCUCAGCAUGAACCGCCUUCAGACCUCUUCUGCUGCCUAUGCAGACGCCACCUACGCCACGACAGCCUCUCCCGUCCACGGCCACUUUGCACCUCCUUCAGCUUCUGCAUACGACACCAUGGGCUAUGCACCAGCCCAUGUCCGGCCCGCAUUUGGUGCCCUUGGCCACGAAUCAGACGCCUCGCGCAGGUUUUCUCAACACGUCCAUACUGAUGACCGGAGAGGCUUUGCUGAAGCCCUUGAUGCCAGCCACGGCAUGCUUGCCAUGAGCCAAGAGACACCCAGAAACAUCUAUGGCCGCGACCGAUCUUCUGUAGACUCAUACGGCUUCCCGUCGACUCAUUCGACCAGCUCCUCCGUCUCGUCCUCUGGCGGCUUCGGCUCCUACUAUGGCGACUCCGUCUCUGACUACUCUACUGCCGGCUCAGAUAUCGAGUCUGUUAGCUCGAGAACACUGCCUCGACCUCAGGGCAUGAUGUCCUCCUCAGUCCCUCCUGCGCCCCAAUCCAUGAUGGGCCAAUUCAGCUCCAAGGUCUCAUCCAGCACUCAGAAGAAGCACAAAUGCAAGGUUUGUGACAAGCGUUUCACACGACCAAGCUCUCUGCAGACUCACAUGUACAGCCACACUGGCGAAAAGCCAUUCGCCUGCGAAGUUGAGGGCUGUGGUCGCCAUUUCUCGGUUGUCUCAAAUCUUCGACGCCACCGAAAAGUCCACAGAGGCGACGCCCGAUCUGAGGCUGGUUCAGAAGACCACCACUCAGAUUAA